GUGCGCUGGGCGGGGCGGGGGCGGGGUUGCGCAUGCGCGGGAUGUGGGGCGCGCUGCGCGCCGCCCGCCUCAUGGCCGCCGCCACCACCGCCGCCCCCGGGAGCGGGGCCGGGGCCAAGCGGCCCCGCUGCGAGCCCGUCCCGCGCAUCGGCACCCACGACGGCACCUUCCACUGCGACGAGGCGCUGGCCUGCUACCUGCUGCGCCUGCUGCCGCGCUACCGGGACGCGGAGGUGGUGCGGACCCGGGACCCCCAGCGCCUGGCCCAGUGCGACGUGGUGGUGGACGUGGGGGGCGAGUACGACCCCGAGAGACACCGCUACGACCAUCACCAGAGGUCCUUCACGCAGUCCAUGCGGUGCCUCCGUCCCGACAAGCCCUGGACCACGAAGCUGAGCAGCGCUGGGCUGGUCUACUGCCACUUCGGCUCGCAGAUCCUCGGCGGCCUGCUGGGGCUGCCGGCGGACAGCCCCGUGGUGACGCUGCUCUACGAUAAGCUGUAUGAAAACUUCGUGGAGGAGAUCGACGCCAUUGACAACGGUAUCUCGCAGCGGGACGGGGAGCCCCGCUACGCCCUGACCACCAACCUCAGCGCCCGCGUGGGCCACCUGAACCCCCGCUGGAACGACCCCGACCAGGACACCGAGGCCGGGUUCAAGCGGGCGAUGGAGCUGGUCGGGGGCGAGUUCAUGGAGCGGCUCGACUACUACCACCGCGCCUGGCUGCCCGCGCGGGCGCUCGUGGAGGAGGCCGUCCGGCGGCGCUUCGAGGUGGACGCGAGCGGGGAGGUGCUGGAGCUGCCGCAGGGCGGCUGCCCCUGGAAGGAGCACGUCUUCGGCCUGGAGAAGGAGCUGGCGCUGCCCAAGGCCCUGCAGCUGGUGCUCUACCCCGACCGCGGCGGGCAGUGGAGGGUGCAGAGCGUCCCGGCGGGGCCGCACACCUUCGAGAGCCGCCUUCCUCUCCCCGAGCCGUGGCGAGGCGUCCGUGACGAGGCUCUGUCACAGCUCACCGGCAUCCCUGGCUGCGUCUUCGUGCACGCCAGCGGCUUCAUCGGAGGCAACCGGACGCGGGAGGGGGCCCUGGAAAUGGCCCGGCGGACGCUGGCGUGGCGGCAAGGGGGGGAGGCGCGGAGCAGCUAAAUCUCUCCCCCAGGACUGCUCCAAACGGGGCCAGGACAGGCCCCCCCCAUCCAGCGCGGAGGGGGGGCCACAGACUGCUGCUGGGAUGGCUGAGGCUGCCCAGCUCAGCGCACAUAAUGGGAUUGCAGCAGCCGAAGCGGGACAGCGAAGACGCGAGGCCGGGCCGAGGCGUCUGCCCGGCCCCGGGGGCUCCCUCCCAGUGUGGGGGCUCCCUCCCAGCGCAGGGGCAUCACUGGUCCCAGUGCCAGCGCGGGGCUGGGCUGAGCCUGGUCGAAUCCUGGAUUCGGGAGGCUUUUUGCAUCCGUUUUUCAGAAGGUUCCUCGCACUCGCGUUAUGUAUCUUUCUCGAUGGCUUCCCACCCCCAAUACCAGUAAAAACCAGUGCGUUCCCA